AGAGCAUUAAAAUGGCUGCGAAAGGAAAAGGCAAAACACAGGAGCAAAUAGUUGCUGGUUUUCAGGAAUUAAGACAACAACAAAGAGCAGUUGCUAGCAAAAUAUCAGAGCUAAAUGUAGAUUUAAAGGAACACGAAAUAGUAAUAGAUACAUUAAAAGAAACAGAAUCUAGUAGAAAAUGUUUCAGGAUGGUAGGAGGAGUUUUAGUAGAACAUACAGUAGAAGGUGUAUUACCUGCAUUAACUAAUCAUAAAGAACAGUUAAAUAAAAUGGUAGAAACUUUAACGAAACAGUUGGAGACGAAAGGAAUAGAAAUAAAUAAAUAUAGAGAAGAAUAUAAUUUACAAAUAAAAGGAGAAGAUUCAAGGGGACAAGAUAAGCAAGAAAAAGAUGUUAAAACAACAGGAGGUGUGUUAGUGGCAAAGGAGACAUAGCCAACUAUUCAUUUGAUUGUUCUAUUUAUUGAUAAAAAUUUUCUUAUGUUUGUACAAAAGAUCUAAGACAGUGCUAAAUAUUCUAAACAAAUUAGUGAUUUAUGAGGUAAAAAUGUGUUCAAGGCAUAAUUAAUGUAGCUAUUUUUCUGACAUCUUUAUUUUUCAUUUGAACAAAAUUUUCUUCUUUACUUAUAAUGUACAUUUUAUUAUGAAAGAACAAAUUCAUUUAAGCUCAGAAGGUCACAGACUUCAAUUGUCCAUCUUGGUUUUACAAUUGUAAUCAUUUAAAAGUAUUAUUGAAAGUUCAUUACCUGUUAUAAGAUAUAAACAAUAAAUAUUAUGCUCCCUUGGCUUCUAUUUUAAUCUUGUAACUUAGAACCUGGUAAGAACGAUAAAAUAUUUGUCAAUGAUCUCUCAUUAAUAAAUUAACUAAAAGAGCCAAUUGUUGAUCCGUAGUGCAAUAGGAAGACAGAAUAAUGUGACCAUUUAGGAACGAUUUUCAUUUUGCCCCUUCUACUCAGUUGAAUUGCUAGAAGUAAGAAUGUGCAGAGUCCAAAAAAAUCUGUUAUACAGUGUUCUUAUUUAUAUUACAAAGCUUGCAUUUGUUUCAUUUUGUACCUAUGCUAUUUUGUUAUGUUGAAAUACAAUGUAUUGUGAAUGUGUUUUGUAUGAAACAUUAAUAAAUCUAUAUCAUUUUUUA